AUGGAAGAGGUCGAGCUCCAUAAUUCUUCAAACAAUGAUAAGGUGACACGUGUCGCCGUCAGUGCGACGAGAUCGGUUCUUUCGUUGGCAGAAUCACAAUCUGCUAUAAUCAGCAGAAACCGACUUGCCACAAUCUUUAAAGAAAUCGGAGACUCGGUCCGUUUGAAACCAUCGGGACGGUUUGAUAGAUGCUUUAACGAGCUGAAUUCUUUACUGGAUGAAACUUAUGGUCUCAAGUUGCAGGGACUGUCUGAAAAACGAGCCAAUACCGGUGGUAGCGGUACAACGACUGCGAAGUCAAUGACGCAGGCGUCUAAUGAUUCUGAAAACAUUUCGGUUACCAGUAGGGCACAACACUUCCUUCUAGUAUCGACACUACCGCGCGGUCCAGCUGCUUUCGAAACCUUGCUCUUCAAAGAGACUUCUCAGAUCUACGACGGAUGCGUCACCGACGGAGAGUACACAGGUGACUUGUUCGACAACGUCGCACUCAACGACGUUUCGCAACAGUUUUCAACGGACGUAAAGCUUGCGAUGCAAGGUUUGACGCUUGUGGUUAUCGUGCUAGUGCUUCUGUCCAAGAAUAACAUCCUACACAACGAAUUGCUUGCACAUCUGGCCACGUUCGGCGUACCGACGGAUGGCCAACGGAUCCCGAUCCUUGAGAUACCUGUGGACGAGUUUCUGAAACGUCUUGACAAGCAAGAAUACAUUACGAGCACGCAAGAACGUGCGCAGGACGGCUCGGAGACCGUCGUGAUGUACCGAUUGGGCCGAAGAGCACAAUUGGAAUUCGACAAACAAGCGCUAGUUUCCGUGUGCCGAGAUCUGUUCCGCGGGAGUCAAGAUCAAGACAAUCUGGAAGAAAUGAUCAAUUCCAGCAUCGGAGAUGCCUAUAAAACAUGA